GAGACGCCAUAGCGGCGGUGUUUCACUUCCGCCUCAGCAGAGCGCUGUGUUUACUGCAUAAUGUCGGCGAUUAAAACUUAUUAUUCUGUUUAUUUCACAUUAUUCCUUAUAGUUUAUUAUGUGGAUGGAUUCGUGUGGCAUGGGGACACUUUCACACGGAAGGUGUCAUUGGAGAUGAACCCUGGGUUAACCCCACCCCACCCACCCCAUGGUGUCUCCAUGCUCCACGCACGGGCUCUAGGCCGCAACGACACCCUGCACUUCCUGUUGUGCAGCGGCGGCGCUCCGGCCCUGAUGCUGAUCCACACACACUCCACUGAGUCCACUUUGAAGGUGAACUGGACCAAGUUCGUCACCUCAGACCCGGCCGGCAGCGUGAAGGUGGAACCGGAGAGCAGCGUGCAGUACCGAGGCGCUCUCGUCUUCACCCGUUUGUGGGAGUAUGAUGAGUUGAACACCACGGGACAGGAAGUGUUAUCUCCAUAUGAGCUCCAGGAUUUUGACUGGGAAGAUGUGAACCAGACGGUGGAUUACACACACCACACUGCAGAGCUCUGUGGGAGACACGCCCACUUCAGCAGAAAUGCCUCCCUGUGUCUGCAUUUCUCAUUAUAUGAGUCUUCGGGCCGAGAUGGGGCAUGGCCUAGUCUCCUCCAUAAUGCCAACUCCUCCCAGCUGCGCAUCUUGUUGAACAACGUGAUGCCGCGAACCAACCAGUCGCAUUUCGGUCUGGAACUGCAGACGGUCAGCGAGGCCUCAGAGCCGGGGCUUCAGACCCACGUCCACGUCCACAGGUCCAUCGAUGACGAAUACACGCCUUCCAUCUUCCAGGUGUCAGAGUGGGUGUGGCCUCACGAUAACUCCUCCUCCAAGGUGGGUUUCUCUCAGUGGAAGCCCGUAAUGUAUAAGAAGAGUCUUCCUGCCAUUGAGGAUGCGGCGCCUUGCAGCCACUCGGAACCUGUCAGUCUACCUCAAGCUCCGCCCUCACGCAUCAUCCCGGCCUGUUUCACCCAGAAUCCCCUGACACACGGCCUCAACGUCACCUUCAAUAUGACCACUGAGCCCACCCCAAACUCCACCCACUUCCUCAGCUGUCUUCUCCCUCUCCCCCUGUCUUUCUUCUGUACUCUCUCUCUCUCUCUCUCACUAUCCCUCUCUCAGGACCAUGCUGGCGGGAAUCGGAACUCCUCCGUUAGAUUUCUUCUCUCCUCUGGUCAUCGGCAUCAUGGCCAUCGGUCUCGGCACUCCUCUCGUCCUCCUCGUGGUAGGCGGAGUUUUCAUCUGUGUACGGAAGAGAAAGCGGGAUCCGCUCGGCCAGUACGAAUCGAUCAACUAAUUGCACACGCUGAUGUAAGACUGUAUACACCAAUCACACCUGGGAUGGCAUACCGCAAGCCCCGCCCACUCGUGUAAAGCGCUGAGCUACAGUAAAUGGCUUAAGUUUUUAAUGAUAAAUCUCUGCUCUGAAUUUUAAGAUGCCUGUUGACUGUUUUUCAUCAACACACUGAUGCUUCCUGCACUGGAGCCAGACCUGCUGCUGGAUCAGGGAUUGGAGAAACUUUUAAAGAAAUGAUUUAUGAAUCAAAUCAACAUGUCCCUGGACAUGGGCGUGUCCUAAUUCAGUGUAAAAUUACUGCAUUAGAACUUCAGCGUUAGCUUUUACUCUGUCGAUUUUCACAUUGGACUAAUGAAGAAUAGAUGCAGUAUUGUGAGUUUUGAGUAUGUAGGUGUCAUGUACUUGCUCAGGUUGAUGCCUCAGUGUUCCAUGACUCCGCCCCCUACCCCACUCUCAUGUCACAGCAUUAUAGCUCUGGAGAAGAGACCUGAGACAGGAGACCUGGUGCCUUCAGGGUGAAUGGUGAUGAAAAGAUUCACAGGUAGAUGCUAGCACCUUGUUCAUACAUAAACAUGGAAUAUUAAGCAUGUGUGAUGCAUGCAGUCUGCUCUCUCUCUCUCUCUCUCUCUCUCUCUCUCUCUGUGUCUCUGUUUCUCUCUGUCUCUCCCUCCUCUGUCUCUCCCUCUCCCUCCCUCCCUCUCUCUCUCUCUCUCCCCCCUCU